GACAAGGGUUUCUACGACCACAAGAUUGCUAACCCUAACAAGACCUUCAGCUGCUCCGUCUGGCCGAGAGACAGGUGCGCCGCAGCUACGAAGGUGCGCGGCGUCGCUGUCGCAGUCCCGGCUCCCGAGGACUUCGCCCAACGACUCGCACCCUCGUGAGAUCAAGUAAGUGCAGCCCCUCCCCUCGUCAUGGAGGUAGUAGAGGUUGAAGGCACGAAAAUAGCCCCCGAAGAAGUUUCCGUUGAAGCAGGGUGGCUUGUCCGCCACCGUAAGCAACGACAGACUACGCAGGCAUCAUCCCAACUCAUACACGGAUCCCUCCGUGCAACAGCAAGCGCACGCACCGAGAGUACCGAGCAGCCAGCACUACGCCGACGCGCACCACGGCAACCUCGACUUCCGAAGAAUGAUAUCAAGAUCGUCAUACGCCCAAGAGACGGUUUCAACGUGUCCAAACUAGGAGACGCCCAGAUACGCGACUCAAUACUACAGAUCACGGGCAUUACAACCAAAGAAGCAGAGGACGACAUUUACCGCUCAUGCACGGAUAAUAAUGUCAUUGUAGUUAGCACGCCAAUGAUGUCUAACGCCGAAAAAUACUGUCGCAUCCGCAGUCUCCCCAUCGGAGCAGUCCGCUACGCUGCCACAGCAUACGUCACACCGCCGGAGGACACAGCCAAAGGAGUCAUACAUAACAUCCCUUCAUAUGACACGGAAGAAGACAUUACCAACAGUCUCAUUUACAAGAAGAACCCUACGAUUCUGCAGGCCCGACGCAUGGGCAAGACUAAUUCAGUGCUCAUCGUAUUCGACGGAAAGCAAGUACCGUACCAUGUCUACUACCGCGGAGCAGAAUACAAAUGCUAUCUACAUAAGAAGCGCAUCGAGGUCUGCGACAUCUGCGGGACCGUCGGCCACAGGGCCGAUGUAUGCCCCACUCCAACCCAGAAGAAAUGCAAGAGCUGUGACACAGUAAAUCCACCGGAUGAUCACCCCUGUCACCCUUGCUGCGCGCUCUGCGGCAAAGACCACCCGACUGGUGAUAAGUCCUGCCAUCGCCGCUUCCAGACACCACACCUCCUACUCCAACGACGAUGGGAACGCCUACGACUGGGACAACAAGGAGCUGACCAGGAGAUGGGGCCAUCGACUUCUGCAAAUGGAGACUCAGCUCUGCCAACACCGAAGUCAACACUACAACCGCAGGCUCCCGAACGCAGCAAUUCACGAGGACGCAGUCGGUCUCGUGGACGCAGCCGCUCCCGAGGUCGCAGUCAGUCACAAGGACGCAGUCACUCUCGGAGCGGACCGGAUUCAACACCGCCGCAGCAGCAAGGAAACACAAGCCUUAAAACGACCACAGUCAAAGUGCAAGACGCACCCCCCAAGGUAAGCUGGGCCAGCAUUGUCUCCCACACAGGUCACACCACACAACCUAUAGCAACCCCAGUGAACACAGUUAGUGACGCUACCAUGCACAGCUUCAUGCAGGAACUCCGAUCCUUAUCAGCCCCAGAGAACAACAUAGGUUUCUACGACUUUUCACCAAAGCAGAUCAAGUAG